AUGGCUGGAAAGGGUGAUUAUCCUGCUCCUCGGGCUGUUCUGACUGGUCAUGAUCAUGAAGUUGUCUGUGUGUCAGUCUGUGCAGAGCUGGGACUUGUUAUUAGUGGUGCUAAAGAAGGUCCUUGCCUGGUACACACAAUUACUGGAGAUUUGCUGAGAGCCCUGGAAGGAACAGAAAACUGCUUGUAUCCUCGCUUAAUUUCAGUUUCUAGUGAAGGUCACUGCAUCAUCUACUAUGAACGAGGACGGUUCAGCAAUUUCAGCAUUAAUGGAAAACUCUUAGCUCAGAUGGAGAUCAAUGAUUCAACCAGGGCCAUUCUCCUGAGCAGUGAUGGGCAGAACUUGGUAACGGGGGGAGACAACGGUGUGGUGGAGGUAUGGCAGGCCUGUGACUUCAAGCAGCUCUAUAUCUACCCUGGCUGUGAUGCUGGCAUUAGAGCUAUGGAUCUGUCUCAUGAUCAGAGAACUCUAAUUACUGGCAUGGCUUCUGGCAGCAUCGUAGCUUUCAAUAUAGAUUUUAACCGGUGGCAUUAUGAACAUCAGAACAGAUACUGAAGCGGAAUGAAGAACUGAAAGCCCAGGUAAAGCUGAGAGCACAAGUGCUGCAAUGAAAGGUGUAGUCUCUGGUGGAAAACCACGUCUGCAUUGACCUCCGUUGUACAUUCCAUUACACCCAGCAAUAGCUGUACAUUGUAGUCAGCAACCAUUUUACUUUGUGUGUUUUUUCACAACUGAACACCAGCUGCUGAAAAGCAAGCUUGUAUCAUGUAAAUUAUAUGAAUUAGGAGAUGUUUUGGUAAUUAUUUCAUAUAUCUUUGUUUAUUGAGAAAAGGUAGUAGGAUGCGCCACAAGAGACUUUUGCAAAUUCUGAGGAACCUCGUGUCCAGUUGUUUCAAUGUUUAGGCUAUGAACCUAACAUGCAUCCCAUCUCCAGCCUCUUUUCAAGCUGAGAUAAAAAUAAAAAUAAAAAAAUACGUUUGAUACUUUGUACAUCAGAUGCACAUCUUAACUUUAAAGGGAUACUUUUGUAAAAGUAAAACCUUGUAUAAAGAACAAAACUGUUUCUUAAUUUUAUUGUGGAGUUACAACUUGCAUGUACUUUAAACCUGAUGUCUUGAAGGAGCAGGUGCAUUCUCACAAAUCAAACUGGAGAUCUGCCUGAGGGUAUAGCUUGUGUUAAAGGGUUGAAUUUGGGCGCAAACAGUAAUUUUAACAUUUUCACCAACACAUGUUUUUCACUUUUUGAAUCUAAACUUUACCCCUUUUAAGUGGAGUUCUGCUCAUGAAGCAUUUGGAUAAAAAGCCAUCAUUUGCCAUAUUUAUACUUUAUACAGUAGAAAUAAAAUUCCUCCUUUUAAAAUUAAAGACUAGAUAGAAAGAGAGCAAAGAGGGGAAGUUCAGUUUCGUGAUUUGCAAUGCUUAAUGAUUCCCAAUACAAAGUGCUAUACUUCUGGAUUGCUAGCAUUUGGCAAGGAAACCAUUGGGCGAGAGAGCCUCAAAUGAUGUUUUUCCCUUAUUUUCCUCUGAGCAGCUUGGUUUCUUCAACAGCCUUAGCUUCAUUGUGGAGGUGACUGAGGUUAUUCUUUUCGGUUCUUCUAAAAAUCUCACCUGAAGCCACUCAGACUAAGGCACUUCAUGUUUUACAAUACUGUAAUGAUAACUAUCAGAAUAAUUUUCUGCACAUUGUACUGAUCAAAUUACACACCCAGGGGUAUAUACACUUUAAUUCAUGUUUCUUCUUUGUAUAUUUGGUGACUGUAUUGUCAUAGAUGUACAUAUUGUGUCGGUAGGGCUAUGAGGCAUGUAACAGGAAUGUAAUUUUCUCAGAAUUUACACUCAUUUGCAGUCAUUUAUUUAAAAAGAUAAUGGAUUCUUUGUAUUGGCACUUUGCACCAGAAACAUAUCAUUAUUUAUUGAUGUGAUUACUUAUUUGUUCUCCACCUUGUAUUAGUAAGUUUAGCACUGAAUUUCCUUCUUCAUUGUUGUUUGUAUUUAUAAGGUUCGGCAAUCAUGGGGAUCAUCCUAAUGAUUAAGUUAUUCAUCACCAGUCUGUAAGCAAUAUCUUGAGUUUGUAGCUUAGAAUUGGGAGAAUAUUGAACAUCUGGAAGACAAGUUCAUUUCAUCUUGAGAUCAUGGUGAAAUAUUUUGGAUAUAUAAAUUCCUUAAGCUAUUGUAACCAUGUUUUAUUGCAAAGAUGUAAAAUAUGCCAGAUGUGUGUGAGUUGGAAAUCAAAAAGAAAAAUAAAAUAUGCAAAGAAUUCAGUGAUAGUUAUUCAUUUCAGUGA